GCUUGUUUCAGAGUUUGGGCAGCAGGUGCCUGCUUUAGUGACUGGGGAAAUAGAGCUUUUAAUAACCUGGGGAGUACAGCCACCAAGAUUGCCACUCCAGAACGAUGCCAGCACCAGGUGCAGCUAAAAGCAGCAGAGGUGAGGCAAAUGCAGAUAGGAACAAGAAACCCAAGGCAUCUGUGGUGUCAGAUCCACCCAAGGCCAGCAAAAUGAAGCUGCAGGGAGCCACCAGAGCGUUGAAUCCUCGACAUUUUGUACGCAUUGAGGCUUUGCCUGACUCUGCUCAGAAGGACGGAAAGGUCUUGGCCAGAACCAGAACCAUUUACAGAAGCAGUGGACCUCCAAGAGAACAAGAGUUCUGGAAAGACUACCGUAGGAGGCAAAAGCAACUCACUCAGGGACACUUCACCCCCUCUGGGAAGCCUUACCAGGAGCUUGGUGAGGUUCUCUAUGCAGACCCGAGGAAACUCACCCUCUACGCUCUGGGGCAGCUCACAGAGGCGUCACAUCAAUUCCAUGAAGCAAGGUGGAGAAUACUUUCAUAUCCUUCGCCAAGAAUCAGCAGAGAGGAAGAACAUGCUGGAAGAAGCCCAGCAGGCUCGGGCUGCAAGCAGGAGAAUUGACUUCCAGACACCCAAAUCCACCUCUGAUGCAGAGGACUCAGAGAAAGAAAUGACCACUUGCUCCCUAAAAGAAGGCAACCAACUGCCGCUGUUAGGGAUGAAGAAGGUGACCUUACGCACUUUCACUUCUGUUCAUAGCAGUGUCUUGAUUCCAAGCCCCGCUGGAGCAAAAAGUGAACAUCUUUUCCGGCAGCUGUGCGCCAUCCAUUGGCUUUUGGAAGCUUUGACUCUGGAACGCAGCGGCUCGAUGCAUUCCAUAUUCACCUGCUGGAAUUCAAAGGACCCUGGUGGCUGUAAAAAAACAGUGGAAGAAAUGGAAGAAGAAAAGUUAGCAAAAUGCAUGCAGGAGCUCUUUAUUACAAACACAAAGAAAUGCACUUGGAAACCACAGUGCAGUCUGCUUGCCAGGAUGAUAAACAAGACAUCUACGCCAGGUAUCUCUCAGAUUAGCAGUCUGUCGUCUCUCCAGGGUCAAACCUCUUAUGGCAGUGAAGCUUCCAUUGCAGUUUUCUCUGAAGACAACAGCAAGAUUAAUUUGGCUUCAUCUGAUGCUGUGAGUGAGUCAGCACAAUCUAAAGAACAGCCAUCUCUUUUCCCCUCCUUGCAGAAAAUGAUCCAAAUGACACAUGAAGCCAUGUCAAAAGUUGGCCAUAAACAAGGAGAGAUGGUUAAGAAGACUGGACUGCAGCGUGGGCUGCCAGUGGCUCAGAAGAACUACAGAGUAAAUAAGGACGAAGAGGGGAAGCAGAAGCCCAUAAGCUGCCAUAUCAGUUCCUUCAUUAAAAGCAAAUCUAACUUGUGUGCUGAUAUGAGGCAAAAGUUCACAGCAGUGCAUGAAGAAGCAGCUUCUCGUUUACAUGAUACCUUGGUAAGACUUGAGAGGAGGCAGGAAGAACGAUGCUAUCUAAAAUACCAGGCUUUGAAAGAGUUGAAGUGUUUCAGAGAAGACAUGGAAAGAAUGAGACGGCUGAGCGUGAGAGACAAAAGAGAGCAUGAUGAAGAUGGACUAAACUGGUUUCCUGUAUUACUUGCCAGGCUCCCAGAGUCUGUGAAGAGUGACCAUAAAGUACAGAAAAUCUUAAAGAAACUUGAAAAAUAUGGCAAGACUCCUGGCUUGAAAAUUCAUCCAGACACCUUUCUUAAGGUUCUGGCCGACCUGCAGGUGUGGGAGCUGUGUUGUCCAGAAGUUGCUGCAGCUGUGGAGUUUGUACGUGAAAGUAUUGUGCAGAUGCCAGAAGAGGACUUCAACAAGUGGUUCCAGGCAAGAGUACCCCACCUCAGUGCACAGUCCUUCACCAUUUAAUCAGCUAGAUGAGGUGGUUUUCCAUCUAACAGCUGUCUUCAAGUGGAAAACUACUGCCUGUUGGAUCUGGCUCAAGGAAUACUAGAGAAGGGGAGCUAACUGACUGGCUGCUCCUGUGCAACUGAAAUUUGUCCUUCUUGAGUGCACCAUAGAAAAUAAAAGCUAAAUACUGUUGCUCCUUCCUGUAUGACAUCUUGGACACA